AUGUCGUUCCUCCUCCUCUACGCAAUCAUCGCUAAUCUUCUCCUCCGUCGAGCCCCCACCGCCGCCGCAAACAUAACCGCAGUUUUCGCGUUCGGCGACUCCAUCCUGGACUCCGGCAACAACAACCAUCUCGUCACGGCUUUUCGAGCCGACCACCGGCCCUACGGCCAGGACCUGCCGGAGAAAACCCCGACCGGAAGAUUCUCCGACGGGAAGUUGACCACUGAUUUCAUCGUCUCCCUCCUCGGCCUCAAGGAGAUGCUGCCGCCAUAUCUAGACCCCGCGUUAAACGACACCGGUUUGCUCACCGGAGCCAGCUUCGCCUCCGCCGGCUCCGGCCUCGACGACUUGACGGCGAGGGCGGUCAACGUGUUGACCAUGGGAGAUCAGCUGAAGCUUUUCGAGAAAGGGUUGGAGAGGAUUCGAAGAAAAGUUGGUGCAAAGCGAGGGCGUCAUCAUGUUGUGGGUAAUGGUUUGUUCGUUAUUGCCGUUGGGAGCAAUGACGUGGCUCGGAGUUAUUAUGGUUUGCCGUUUAUGAAGACUUUCACUACAUCCGGUUACCAUGAUUUUCUCCUCAAGAACUUCGAAUCCUUUAUAUUGAGGUUAUACAAAAUGGGAGCAAGAAAGUUUGGGUUGUCCGGUUUGCCGCCGGUGGGGUGUUUGCCGAUUCAGAUGACACUAAACUUAUCACCUGCCAAUUUUCUUAAAAGGGUUUGUGUUAAUCAACAAAAUGUUGAUUCACAAGCUUACAACACUAAGCUCCAAGCCCUCAUUUCCAGGCUACAAGUGAGGCUAAAGGGCUCCAAAAUUGCAUAUUUUGAUGCCUUCAAGCCAAUGAUGGACAUGAUCAACAAUCCACAAAAAUAUGGAAUAGAUCACACAAUGAAAGGAUGUUGUGGAAUGGGCUUACUUGAGGAAGGUCCAUUAUGCAAUGAAUUAACCCCAACAUGUCCAAACCCAUCAAACUAUCUAUUUUGGGAUGCCAUUCAUCCAUCACAAAAAGCCUAUCACACUCUUGCCAAGGUUUUCCACAACAAUGUUCUUCCCCUUCUCUUGUGAAUUUGCACAACCUAUGAUGGCAAUGGAAGUUCCACAAGAGUCUCCAAGAAAGCUAGAUGCAAAUCGAAAGCGUGGCGAUAACGGUAGAAGGUAUUUUUUUUCAUCUUUCUAAU